ACACUAAAAACAAAAGCCAAAACUAAAUGUCAGGGAUUGAUUAUGCUGUUGACAUAUCUAGGCUAGUUGAAAAUAAUGAUAUAAUAAUCUUUAUUUAUACAUUCAUAUAGAUAUGAAAACAACAACCUUUUAAAGCACUGAUGAAAACACUUUAGUGUAUAAAGACUGAGGAAAUAAAAGACAGUGUAAAUUAACUGAAAACUCAAGUAAAAUCGGAACGGUUCUCCAAUAAAAGUUAGGUGUAAGAGGGGACUUAAGAGAUCACUGACUUGGCCGACCUGAAAUAAUAAAUAACAAAUAAUAGUAAAACAAAUAUACAACUUUAAUUUUAAGGAGUACGUCGAUUGUGAGGAACAAGCCUUCUUCAGUUUAGGGGACACUCGUUGGUACCCAUUGAAUUUCAUUCAGAUAUCUUGAGGUGAGAGUUUAAGGGGCCCCUUUGGGCCAUGCCAGUUGUUUCCUCACCAAAAUUUAGCCUAAAUAUGGGGUGUUAUUUAGCCUCCUUACCAACAAGCUGUGUUGACAUGGUUGGUACCAAGGAAUACCUGAGGUUGUCUAGUUUCAUAAGAUACCAUAUAUCUUCAUGCCAAAAUGAGCUCGCCACAGCCUCUUAAAGACAGUAAUGUCAGCCUCCCAGGGUGGGGCAGCAAUUGUGUUGGGGGCACAUGGCCUCUAUUGGCAGUGCCACUGAUUGUGUCAAUGAUGUAGUUAUCCUGUGUAGGAGACAAAAUUAUUGUUGGCAAACUCUUAUCCAAUUCUGUUUCCUGAGCUGACCCCAUCUAGUGGUUGUGGAUGGCUGAGUAUAAAGUAGAGGGAGCCUGCCUCGAGGGUGUGGCCAGAGUGGGAAGGAAAGACUUUGACCUCACAUCCUCAGGGUCAAAUGCUGACACUGUCCUUACCUUGCCUUAGCUUAUCUUUAGAAUCCUUAUUUAGACUUAAAUUUAUGGACGUACAUUUUUUUUAAAAAAAUUUUUUUGUUUAUAAUAAAUACUGAGUCAUUUUUCUGGAAUUUUUUUCUGUGGACACUGAAUUUUUUGGAUGUGUCAUUAGUCAUAUUUUUGCUCCGCCACCAUAGUGGUAAUAUAGGUCCAAGAAUAACCACUACAUCCUAUGGCCUUAAUUUACUUCUCUAGAUCAUGUGUGGUGGCAGCACAUGCUAAAGUAUUAUUACUUAUAAUAAUUAAGAUGAAUUAAUAAUGUAUCUGAAUUCUUUGUGUAAAUAUUUUUUAGUUGUCAAUACAAGCUGACUUAAUAAAAUGUGUACUUAUGGUGAUGCUGUAGAUGCUGCAGACUAACUAUACAAUAUCCCUUUUCAUAAUGUCCAGUUGGAUGUCUGCACAUUUUUACUACUAAAUGAAAACACACACAAACACGCCCACACAAUGGCCGUCAUGCAUUACUCUCACAGCGCCGGGACAGUCAGAUUUGCGUAGGUGGCAGAAGGUGGGUCCAAAUCCCUCUUGGGCCCAGGGCUGAUUAAUGAUUAAAGGGGAUUAGGAGGAGGGUCAGGACUUGGCUACGAGUCUCGCUCUGAUGCUGCGGUGGAUCUCUCUAUAAUAUCUGUGUCACUACGACCACUUGCCUCUCUCAGGACUAAAUCUGAGGAUGUAAGGAAAGGGAAACAAACUGAAAAUGAGGGGAGAAUGAUGUCAGAUGCUGAAGGUGAAUGCUGACCAGGAUAAGGUAGACCUGCCUGCAUCUACAGUAUAACCAUAAUGCAGCGUCCACAAGAUAUCGAUCAUGACUGCCAGGCUAAGCUGCUUAUGAGAGGACCUUCAGAGAACUGUCCAACCAAUCCCCCUCCCCUUGGUCCCCCACACUCCCUGGAGGAUAACCUGUUCCUCUCCCCUCCUCUACCUGUAUCCCACCCUUAAUCCCCCCCUGGAUUUAAAAGAAAACACACAUAGGAGAUAUAAACCAUGGCAGUCUUGAAACUGAAGUUCACCAAGACCAAGAGGGACAAGCUGGCCCAGGUGCUCUGGAUCCUGAACUGGAUCUCAGUGGUGACAGGGGCCAUCCUGUUCAGCCUGGGGCUCUACCUCAAGGUGGAAAUCAACAAGCGAGGAGAGCUGAUGGCUGAGAGGGACAUCCAGUACGUGCCCAACAUGCUGAUCGCCGUGGGCCUCAUCGCAUGUGCCAUAAACUUCCUGGGUGGGAAGAUCUGCUACGACUGCGUGGACACCACCAAGUUCUUGCGCUGGAAGCUGAUCAUGCUGCCCUACAUCAUAUGCACGUUCUUCUUCACCUUCUGUGUGCUGGUGGGGGCUCUGAUGUGUUACAGCAUGCGUGGGGAGCUGGAGGAGUCUCUGAACCUGGGGCUGACAGACGCCGUCAAGUUCUACAAGGACACGGACACACCAGGACGGUGCUUCCUGAAGCGAACUGUGGACAUGCUGCAGAUAGAGUUCCAGUGCUGUGGGAACAAUGGGUAUAAAGACUGGUUUCAAAUCCAGUGGAUCAGCAACCGUUACCUGGAUAUGUCCCAGAAAGAGGUGGUGGACCGUUUAAAAAGUAACGUGGAGGGGAAGUACCUGAUGGACGGAGUCCCCUUCAGCUGCUGCAACAUCAACUCCCCCCGACCCUGCAUCCAGCAGCAGAUCACCAACAACUCUGCUCACUUCAACUACGAGCACCAGACAGAAAUGCUGAACCUGUGGAUGAAAGGGUGUCGCCAGGCGCUGCUGGAGUACUACACCCACAUCAUGCAGUCCAUUGGCCUCACAGUCCUCAUCACCUGGCUGUUUGAGCUCUCGGUGUUGACAGGGGUUCGUUACCUCCAGACUUCUCUGGAAAAUGUGCUGAGACAGGGUGACCUCAACUCUGACUCUGACGGCUGGCUGCUGGAGAACAGCUUCAUGGAAACUGCCCGCACCAACCUGAACAUCAUCAAGAGCCUUGGGAAGAACAACCAGAUAGACACAUCCAACAAUGGAGACCCCAACAUUAACGUUCCCUCCACUUCCAAAGCACACUAUGGGCCGGACAAUGUGCCGCCGAAGGAAACACCUGAGGCCAGUUGACCUUUCUCAGGCCUCAGUGAACAGCGUCCCUGAUGGCUGAAGUAAAAAGAGUUCUUCACAAUACACUUUUUACCGACAAGGGAGAACAAUUACAACUAAGAAAUACAUAUACAGAGGUGUUUGUGUGUGGAAACCUAAGUAUAUUUAGGGGAAAUAUCACGCAAUACAAAAUCAAUUUUCUAGAAUGACAGGGUGGAUCUUUUCCAAAAAUGCAGAUAAUGCCUUGUUGUUUUUACAACCAUUACUGAGUCAAAAUCUUUCCGUAUAUAUUCCUUUUCAUUGAUACAAACAUCCAAAAACCCAUGACAUAAAUCACCACAAUAACACAUCAUUUUCUGUACAUGUGUACUGUAAUCUGUUGUUUACAAUCAACAUUUGUUGCCUGUGUGUUGUGGUUUUUCAACAGGUGUCCAAAACAGUUUUGUACACCUGUCAGUUGCAACACUGGAGUCAAAAUUAUCUUUAUAUUACUGUUUGAUGUAGACAAAUUAGUGAUGAUGAGAAGUUGAAGCCUGCAUUUUUUUGCCUCAAAGUACGAUAGAAAAUGCAAUGCAACUAGUACAGCAACAAUUUAAAGGAUAUAUAAAUUACACAAAUCUAGGUGCAGGGUGAUAUGGCCUCAAGUUAAAUAGGCAGGUAUGCAGUAUAAGAAGAAGAUGAAUUCUACAUUAGUUCAGGGUGUUUAGAUCAAUAGUAACAUUUUUGGAUCCUUUAUGUGCUUUUAAGCAAACAAGGUUUUACCAAGGGUAGUAAGCAAUGUGAAAAACCGAGUAUGUUCUUUAGUUAAAAGCAAAAAACCAUACAGAAAUCUGAUUGAUAACUCAUAAUAACACAUCAUCCAUUCUUAGAACGUUUAAGCCAUCAGUACAAUGACUCAUGUGCCUCAGGAAAGUCACCACGGUCUUAUUAUAACACCUCAGUCAUUUUCACUGGGAUGAGUUACCAAAAGCUGGACAAAGAACACUUGAGCUAGUGACGGUUGACUUUUAUUGUUUGUGAUUGUUUUGUAAGGGCUCCAAUCCAGCACAUUGCAAGCUAGGCUGCUAUGUACUUACUUUGUUUGAAUGAUUACAAGGGACGGUUCACCCCAAAAUCCAUAUUUUUUUCCUCUUACCUGUAGUGCUAUCUAUCAAUCUAGAUUGUUUGAAUGUGAGUUGCAGAGUGUUGGAGAUAUCAGCCGUAG